CUCGAGCUCACCGCGGAGAACGUGGAGAAAGUCCUAGACGAAGUCCGCCCGUACCUCAUCGCGGACGGCGGCGACGUCGAGCUCGUCGAGAUCGACGGCCUCGUCGUCCGCCUCAAGCUGAACGGCGCGUGCGGGUCGUGCCCGUCGUCGACGGUCACGAUGCGCAUGGGGAUCGAACGCCGUUUACUCGAGGUCAUCCCGGAGAUCAUGGAGGUGGAGCAAGUCACCGAAGAAGAGGUCGGGUUGGAGUUGAACGAAGCGAACGUCGAGGCGACGUUGGACGAGAUCAGGCCGUAUCUGAAGGGCACGGGCGGGGGCGAGUUAGAGCUCGUGGACAUCGAGGAGCCGAUCGUGAAGAUAAAACUGAGCGGUCCCGCCGCGAGCGUGAUGACGGUUCGCGUCGCGGUGACGCAGAAGCUCCGGGAGAAGAUGCCGUCGAUCGCGGCGGUGCAGCUGUUGUGA